GGACGAAAAAGAAAGGAAAAGCCAAUGCCAUGGUGGGGGGUGGUAUUGGGCUACUCUACGCUGGGCUAUGACUAUUUGGUUAUUUUUUCAAUAUUGCGGCGGGAUGAUGGCAGAGAGGGGUGGGGAUUGGAUUACAUACUUCUCCUGCUCCUGCCGCGCGUGGAGCUGAAUUGAUCCUUUCAGUUGUCGAUCGCCAGAGUAGCUGAAUAGCCUCCUCCUACCCAAUCCAACCACUGGUCUAUCUGUCCAUCAGCCGCUAGAAACCAACGUCAUCCUCGCCGAUCAGUGAGAUUCUUACCACUAUAACCGCCGCUAUACUAUGCCUACACGAAGUACCGGAUACUCCCUGUGCCACGCAAUACCCAGAGGGAUAGCACAAUCCAGGAUGGGGACGCUGGGGAUGGGGAUGGGGACGCUGGGGAUGGGGAUGGGGACGCUGGGGAUGGGGAUGGGGACGGGGACGCUGGGGAUGGGGACGAUGGGGACGGGGACGCUGGGGAUGGGGACGAUGGGGACGCCGAGGACGCUGGGGACGCCCAGGAUACGCAAUCAGGACAGCCCAAAGACACUCCAAGAUACACUGGGACACACUGGGACACACUGGGACACACUGGGACACACUGGGACACACUGGGACACGCCUACCAAGCCAUUUGUACUAAAGAGGAUCCUGCAUCAUCCUCCACCGUCCAAACACCGAGUUACCACCGAAGCAAAACAUGACGGCCACGGCGGCUCCGUCAACAACUAA